UUGGGUCUCUGGCGAUUUAUCUUAGCAAGCAUGCAGACAGUACUGUAGGUUGGACCCUAGUCAUGUCGCUAUCGGCUCAGCGCUCAAGCUAACAUUUGACCUUGUUUGAGGAUUCAUCGCUACCAUGAGUAGAAAAGCAUACCCCGUUGCGCUCAGUUACCAGGCUAGUUAUAUAUACUUCUGUGGAUUCGCACCCUGAUCUGUUGAGCUUCAAAGAGAACUCUUAACAUACGACAGAGGAUCUUUUUUUCGACAUUCGUAGCGCAAGUCGGUUCCCUCCGGUGCACCCUGUACACGUGUAUUCAGCGUCCUGGUUUUUCUCAUCCCUUCUCAUGCUCGUCCUUCUGAACUGUGAUGACCUUCGCCUUAAUAUUCCUGCUGUAUGACCCGAACACAAGUAGCACUGACAUAGACCGCUAGACGCGACCAUCCUACUGCGAUUAAAUCACGAGAACAGUUGGCCGUCUGCAGAUCUUACAUCUCUGUCUUGAUAGGUGUUUUGAACAAUGAUACGCCGGCACUUCACUUUUUCGCAUCCAUAUCACUUGGAUGACCUGCACAUGUCUCUCCCGCAGAUUGUGUUUAUAUUAAGACCGUUCGGGAUGCAUGAUCAGAUGGAUAGCACUGUUAGUCUGGUAGCAUGGGAGAUCUUUGAUCUGACGAAAGCAACCCUUUGCGAAAUUGACUGUCUAUCAGACGCAGCAGUAUGUACAGCAAGAAAAUCGAGCCGAGAGUCCUGCAUACAAGCAGGGCCCGGUCGCAUUGUUCCCUGUGGCUACCAGACGGCCUGGAAGAACACCUUUUGGGACGUAAUCUCACGGUGUGCAGAAGAUCAGCCAAUUAGCUUCGUCGUCAGGAAUGAAUCCGGAACCAAGCAGCAGUUUGCUAUCUGCACUGUCAAGAUGAAGCAUGAAGAAGACACACUUGACUAUUCGCCUUUCUUAGUAUUGAACGAUGUCGGGAAAGAAUCAAGCCGUACCAUCAAAUUUCCUUUACGUCUCGAGGCAUUUUGUGCAAAGGACUUCCUAGUUGGCAGACAACUCUCUGAACAGGACCUCCGUCACCCAGUGUUAGACGACUGGGGAAGGCCUUGGAGUAUGUUGUUGGAUGAGGUCCCAUUUGGUGCAUCGUGGUAUAUACAUCGUUCUCAAACUGGUACUAUACGUAUCAAGUCUAUCAAGGAUGGUCAGGGAAGCUGCUCUUCAUGCGAUGAUAUUAAAGGGGAACUCUGGGAUAUCAGGAACCAGUUACAGAUGCUUAAACGUUCCGUUGAGGACAUUGAACAUCAGGUCAACCUGCAGAGCACUGCACAUUCAGAGGUGCAGCAGUGUAUGAACGAAGUCGACACUUUACAGGCAAAGAACAUGGAACCGAACGAUUCGGAUGAUCUACAGGUUAUGAAGGCGAAAAUGAUGAACGUUGAAAAUACUCUCAAAGAGCUUGGAGCUUCUCUACAGGCGACUCGGGAUUUGCAAGCUAAUUUUCUAAGCUUGAAUGGAAACCCGAAGGAAACCUACAAGCACUUCAAGCGCUUAGACAGACUUGCCAACGCUGCUUCGUCCGCUUCAUCUGCUCAUCAGGAGAGCUCGGAAACUGAAGUUCCUCUCCCGGCAUCCAGUAGUCCCGAUUCAGAUGCGACAUCUAAAAGAGUUGCUUCUUCUCCUCCGCCCUUGCCAAUUCCGUUUCCCGUACACAUGACUUCUGAAUCGUCCCAUCUUACGCCGGCCGCUCCAAUUGCACCGGCAUCUUCUGUCAUGACUCCUACCGAUCACGAUUCUCGCCAACGUUCUCAUGGUCUUGAUGGUUCUUCACUAUCUUCUCCUCACGAUUAUUCUCAGCCAUAUACUCACUUUUGGAGUGGUCCUGUCUUGGCCCCAAAUCCCAUCUUCAAUCUCAGUCAUUCCGAUUUUCUUACUGGCACGCAUGACUCCGAUUCUCCAAGUCCUCUUCCAGCUACGACACUUUAUCGCAAAUUUGCUUUCUCAUUCAGCAGUGAAAGCUUGUCUCCAAGGGAUACCGGGUUGCAAAUAAUGUUCACAUUGAUUCCUUCGAGGCCAUCUGGAAGGCUGUUCCAAACAGUGUACCCAGUUGCUUGGAAGGUCCUUGACUGCGAAUUGUUUGAUACAGACAGUGUUCAAGAGCUUGAAUGCCACUCAGAAUUCGCUGUAUCCACCGGUCAGAAAGACUCCACAUCAUGCGUUGCAGCUGAGACUGAUCACUACGGGACGGUGUCGCUCGGGGAGCGGCUGGUAUAUAGGUAUACUGGAAGUAGUGUGGCAAAGCUGGAAGAUUCUCGAGUCUGGGUCUGCGAUGAUCGUUUCAACCUCGUGCGGAAGAGCUCUCCAGGAUAUCCAAUGUCUGGCCCUUCAAACAAUGACCUGAUAUCGGUCACGUUAGAAAAUUCCGAUGAAUCGAAACACGAGCAGGCUCUUUGUCUUUGUACGCUCAUUCGAGAUACGGAAGGGAGGGAUGAUUUAUCUCCCAUUAUGCAUUUCGAAGCAGUGCAGUUCAAUGAGCGUAUUUAUAUCGACGGAGCAUUCUCUCUUCAAGCUUACUAUGGCAGCAACUUCAAGCAAGCGCAACAGCUGCAAGAAAGCGAUUUGAUACCAGUGACAGACCAAGAUGGCGAACCUUGGUCUGUCGAACUCAACAAGCUAUCCUCUAAAUCGUGGUGGUAUAUCCGCCAAGAUACUACGGGCGAAAUAUGCAUUGAAACCGCAAACGAGGACGACUUUAUUCGAGAUCGUGCGCGUCAGACCAUGCCAAGAUUGGAGACCUUGGGAAAUGCUGUAGUGGCAGUGGACGGCGUUGUAGGCGAAAUAAGAAGCGAGAUGCAUGAAUUCAACGCAAAGAUGAGUGAGGUUGAAGAGAGGGUGGCUCAGAUGUCGACCACGACAAAGCAGGUGGAUGAUGACGUCGCGAGGAUGGACAGGACAUUGAAGAAAUUGGACGAAAAGGUGGAUCGGUUUGAAAGUAAAGUCCAUCGAGUGGAUUAUAGAAUGGACCAGAUGGUUGGCAAGAUCAAUAAGCAACAGCCGAGUUGGAAACUAACAUGACAGUUUCUCUUGCAGGUCUUUCGAAGAUAUCGACUAGAAUGGCAUCUCAUAGCGCCACACCAGUAGCAUUGGAUUUAAAUCCAGCCAAUCUAUUCAAAGCCUAGCUGAGACUUCUUUCAAUCUAUCUAUCUUAUUUGUAGGCUCAAGAGCGUAGCGUAGCUCUAACUAGGGGGAAGGGGAGCGGAAUAGAGAAAGCUGUCACAGGCAGCAAAGCAAGCUAAAAACGACGGAAGAUGAACGAGCGAGUAUGCGAUGUACAAUGUAAGGAUAAGGGGGAACGAAAAACAAUACAUAGGAGUGAAGAGCGGUCUCAAGAAAGACCC